AUGGGAAAUCCAGCCGCCGACGCACGGCCCCCAAGCCCAAGCCACGGCGACGGCGCUGCUGCGACCGUGAAAGUUACCGAGCCAGUGCCCUCUGCAUCUGCAUCGGCAUCCCGCGACCCUUACGGCGGCAACGGCAGUGGCGGCGACUCGACUGCACCACCAACGCCCGGCUGGUCUUCUAUUGCUAGCACGCCGGGCUGGGGUACGCCGGUGACAGGAGCACAGACUCCUGAUCCGCUGCUGGGGAACAAAAAGACGCCUAUUUCGCGCAUCGCGACACUCGAAAUCAACAAUGAGAUUGGUCUUCAGCAGCGGAGGCCUUCUGCGUCUCGGCCUACCGGUAAUGGAGCCGGAGGGCAGGAGAGCGACUCGGAGGCUGCGUCGCCCGUGCAGCCCAGCAAGCAGGGGGUCCCGCCUGAGCUCUCCGGGCUAACGGCCGAGUUGUUCAUGGUCGGCGUGUGCUCGAUCAGUCUGAUGCUGUUCUCUUUCUUCCUGGGUGAUAUGCUUGCGCCGCAGGAGCCGAUCAGGGAUGCUCUGGGCAUCUCCAACUCGCAGCUUCCGUGGAUCGUGGGAGCGUUCAACACGGCGAAUGGGUUGUCCGUUGUUGUUUCGGGCUCGCUCGCGGAUUUGGCGCCCCCGAAGCUGCUCAUGGUGAGUGCGUAUGCGUGGCUUGCGGUGUGGAAUGCCGUCGGGGCGUUCUCGCUUACCCGUGAGCGGUAUAUCCUUUUCUUUGUUGUCAGGGCCAUGCAGGGCCUCGCGAUUGGUGUGCUAGUAUCGGGGAGUAUGAGCGUGCUGGGUCGUCUAUACAACCCGGGGAUUCGCAAGAACAGGGUCUUCUCUGCGAUCGCGGCGACAGCGCCGCUGGGAUACUCGCUUGGUGCGUUGCAGGGAGGUGCAUUGUCCGCGCAUCUCGAGUGGAUAUUUGGCACGAACGCCAUCCUCUGCGCUCUCUGCGGCGUCGCUGCAUUCUUCAGUAUUCCGUCUCUUCGACCCGCGGCCGAUGUAGCUGGCGGCGAGCCACCAUCUCUGCGCCAGUUCGAUUAUAUCGGAGCGGCUUGCGCGGCGGGAGGCUGUGUUUGUCUUCUCUUUGGACUCACGCAAGGUCCAGUUGCGGCUUGGUCUCCAUACACGUACGUGCUCAUCAUCGUCGGGGUCUUGCUGCUCGUUGCCCUGUUUUUCUGGGAAAGUAAGGCGCCGCGCCCGCUCAUCCCGAACCGCCUCUGGCGGACGCCGGGAUUCACAGCGUUGAUGGCCGCAUACUUCUUCGGGUUCGGCUCCUUCUUCGGAGCGUGGCAGUUCUACGUCACGCAGUUCUGGCUCCGUAUCCAGGGUGCCGCACCUAUAACGGUCGCGCUGUAUUUCAUCCCUAACGCCCUCGUCGGCAUCUUUGCAACCUGGGUCGUUAGCCGAACCCUGCAUAUUUUCCCUGGCCAUUAUAUCUAUACCGCUGCGAUGUUCGCUUUCACCAUGGGCCCCGUGUUCUUCAUCCCCCAGACGUCCAAUACAAAUUACUGGGCGCUAUCCUUUCCCGGCGUCGUGCUGGUAACAUUCGGUCCUGAUCUCGCCUUCGCCGCCGCGUCGAUCUUCAUUACCAGUAAUGUCUCACGAUCGUACCAGGGCAGUGCGGCGAGUCUGCUAGUGACGAACCAGAACCUGUCCUCGGCGAUCAUGACGAGUAUUGCCGAUGCGAUUGGGACGAGAGUUGACCCUGAUGGACAGGGAGGUAUUGGGUUGAAGGGGCUGCGGGAUAUCUGGUGGUUUGCGUUUGCGACGCAGUUGGUUGCGGCGUUUAUCGUGCUCGUUUGGGUACGGAUUCCGAAGGAGGAGGAGAAGGAGCAUGUUUCGUGA